AUGGUCCAGGGCGGCUCCAUGAAGAAGGGCUCGUCGAGCAAGGGCGGCUCCUCCAGCCAAAAGCUAUCCGACAAGAAGAUGCGCAAGAUGGAGGCGCGCGUGCUCGAGGAGAAGCUCGUCACGCUCCGGGCCGCGGUCUUCGAGCCGGAUGGCAAGGACCGCAACGUCUGCGCGCCCUUAGCGCCGUUCAUGAAGUACGACCGCAACGGUUUGGAUUGCACGAUUGAUUUCUACUCGAAACUCCCGGCGGACGCGAAGCUCUGGGCCUUUGAGCUCGUGAAGACCAACAUGGAGGAGCUGUACGACGAGGCGGGCUACGGCUGGGACGACCAGGACAAGUUAUCUGAGCUCAGCGAGGACGGGACUAGAUUCUUAGUAGCUCGCAAUAAGUCGGGAGAGCGCAUUGCGUUCGCCCAUUUUCGAUUCACGGUCCAGGGCGACGUCGUGGAUCAGAUGCGGGGCGACACGGUGCUCAUGGUCCACGACCUCCAUGUGGUUGAUGAAUGCCAAAGAAAAGGUUUAGGUCGUCAUUUAAUGACUCUGAUGGAGAUGGUGGCCCGCAAGACGAACAUGUCGCGCGUGUCGACCAUGUGCAUGAUGGGCGACGAGAAUACGAGAGCGUUCUUAUCAAAGCUCAAGAAGGGCGCCUUCGCGCCCGACGAGUCCAUGGUUGAGGUUUGUGGCUUCGACCCGGACCUCGAAGGUUUUGAAGUUAUCUCUCUGGCGCUCGCGAUGCCGCCGAAGCCUCCCGUGGAAGAGGAAGAAGAAGUCGACGAGGAGAAAGAGUUAGAACAGGCCAAGCAGCUCGUGCUGGAGAAAGUAACUCAAGCCUUCGCCCAGAAGCACGGCCGCGACCCGACCCAACAGGAGCAGGCGGCCAUCGCGGCCGCCGCCGAGGCCAAAUUGCAAGGCUUCACGACGGGCUCGCAGACGGGCAAGGAGCGCCGCGCGGCCAACCGCGAGGCGCGCGAGAAGGCCUCCGCGGCCUUCGAGAAGGCCGAGGGCCGCAAGCCGACGCCGGCCGAGCUCGACGAGGUCCUGGCCGUCGUCGCGCCCGAGGCGAUCCAGACGCCGGCGAAGGCACCUCCUUCGGAAGUGGAGUCGCCGACGUGCGUGGCCGACGUGCCCGUGUAG